GAGAAGAAAGAGAGAGAGAGAAAGAGAGAGAGAGAGAAAGGAGAGAGAGAGCAAGAGAGAGAGAGAAAGAGUAGAGAGAGAAAGAGAGAGAGAGAAAGAGAGAGAGAGAGAAAGAGGAGAGAGAGGAAAGAGAGAAAGAGAGAGAAAGAGAGAAAGCGAAAGAGAGAGAGAGAGAAAGAGAGAGAGAAAGAGAGAGAGAGAGAAGAGAGAGAAAGAAGAGAAAGGAGAAAGAAGAAAGAAAAUAGACUGAGAAGAGAGAGAGAGAGAAAGAAGAGAGAGAGAGAGAGAAGAGAGAGAGAGAGAGAGAGCAAGAGAGAGAGAGAGAAAGAGAGAAAGAGAAAGAGAGAUGAGAAGAAAGAGAGUACAAGAGAGAAAGAAGAGAAAGAGAGAAAGGAGAGAAAGAGAGAAAGAGAGAAAAGAAGAAAGAGAGAAAGAGAGAAAGGAGAGAAAGAGAGAAGAGAGAAAGAGAGAAAGAGAGAAAGAGAAGAAAGAGAGAAAGAGAGAGAAAGAAGAGAGAGAAAGAGAGAAGAGAGAAAGAGAGAAAGAGAGAAAGAGAGAAAGAGAGAAAGAGAGAGAGAGGAGAGAGAGGGAGAGAGAAAGAGAGAGAGAGAUAAGAGAGAGAAGAAAGAGAGAGAAAGAGAGAGAGAGAAAGAUGAGAGAUGAAAGAGAGAGAGAGAGAGAGAAGAGAAAGAGAGAGAGAGAAAUGAGAGAGAGAGAAAAGAGAGAGAGAGAGAAGAAGAGAGAGAAGAGAAAGAGAGAAAGGAGAAAGAGAGAAAGAGAGAAAGAGAGAAGAGAGAAAGAGAGCAAGAGCGAAAGUUGAGAGAAAGAGAAGAAAGAUGAGAGCAGAGAGAGAGAGAGAGAGAGAGAGAGAGAGAGAGAGAGAGAGAGAGAGAGAGAGAAGAGAGAGAGACAAGAGAAGAGAAAGAGAGAGAGAAAGAGAGCAAGAGAGAAAGAAGAGAAAGAGAGAAAAGAGAGAAAGAGAGAAAGAGGAAAGAGAGAAAGAGAGAAGAGGAGAAAAGAGAGAAAGAGAGAAAGAGAGAAAGAGAAGAGAGAGAGAGAAGAGAGAAAGAGAGAAAGAGAGAGAAGAAAGAGAAAAGAGAAGAGAGAAAGAGAGAGAAAGAGAGAGAAAGAGAGACGAAAGAGAGAGAAAGAGACGAAAGAGAGAGAGAGAGAAAGAGAGAAAGAGAGAGAGAGAGAAAGAGAGAGAAAGAGAGAGAAAGCGAGAGAAAGAGAGAGAAAGAGCGAGACAAGAGAGAGAAGAGAGAGAAAGGAGAGAAAGAGAGAGACAGAGAGAGCAGAGAGAGAAAAGAGAGAGAAGAGAAGAGAAAGAGAGAGAAAAGGAGAGAAAGAGAGAGCAAGAGAGAGAAAGAGAGAGAGAAGAGAGAAAGAGAGAAAAGA